CGGAACUUAAGACACGAGGAGUUUGUUUCUAGACGGCGGACGUGUUUUCAAGCGCACCGCGGAAUAAUCAUACACAAACAUAAAAAACGAAUACGUAUCAAAUGAACAGAACCCAAAGAAUAGUCCGGUUAAACCUUUACAGGAAAGACUCAUAAUGAAGUUUCGAUCGAAAAUCAUCGAUGUGGGAUGUUUGAAUCACUUCACUCGUGUGGUAAACACAGUGUCUAAACUGACAAAGUCUUGUGUUCUUCGUCUCACGCGUGAUCAUGUGUACUUCGUGCUGUCGGGUAAGAUCUCUACAGGAGGAGUCAGCAUGUGGUGUGAGUUACUGCAGGUGAAUUUUUUUGAUGAGUAUCAGAUGGAGGGAGUGUCAGCCGACGCCAAUGAGAUCUUUCUGGAGGUGACGCCUGAGAAUCUUUCAAGGGCCUUAAAAACCGCCCAGAAUGCCAAAUCUGUCAAAAUGAAACUUACCAAGAAGAAUUGCCCGUGUCUGACGCUGGCGGCCGAGCUGCCGUCUCUGUCCAGCGUCAGUCGUGUUGUCACUCAUGAUAUUCCAGUGGAUGUUAUUCCCAGGAGACUGUGGCAAGACUUCAGAGAACCUCAGAUGCCCGACUUUGAUGUGAGCAUAUACCUGCCGCCUCUGAAGACGAUGAAGAGUGUGGUGGACCGCAUGAAGAAUCUCUCCAACUUCCUGGUCAUGGAGGCCAAUCUGAAGGGUGAGAUGAACUUGAAGAUCGAGACCGAUCUGGCUUCUGUCACAACACACUUUAAAGAUCUGGGCAACCCGCCGUGGGGGGAUGAUGGUUCUCAGACAGUCAGUCAAAGCAGAGAGGAUGAUCUCAUGGCUGAAGUUCGUGUGGACAUCAGAAAACUCCAGCAGUUCCUCACGGGACAGCAGGUCAACCCCAGCAAAGCAAUGUGCAAUAUCGUUCACAAGCGGAUUCUUCAUCUGAUCUUUCUACAUGAGGAUGUUUCUCUACAGUAUUUUAUUCCAGCUGUAGUGUGAUGUUUAUAGAUCCACAUGUCCUCUAAAACUGAUGUGCAAUAAUACUUAAAGGGCCAGUUUUCGACUCUUAUUAAGAAAAAUACUUUUUAUGUAUUUGUAUACAUGCACAGAAUAUGUGAUUAAAUGUGUAGUAUUUGCA